AUGCCUACCGACUUAUAUACUAAAAUUUACAAUUUCUUGUUAAACGCCGAGGAAGAGGACAUUACCGCUGGGUCUGUUAUCUAUCAAGGGAUUGAAGACAAUCCAUGGAUAUCUCAAAAUGAGCUGAAAAGUAUUAUCGAGCGGGCUGUAGCAUUUGUGAAGAAUCAAUAUGAACGAGGCUCCUCAUGUCAUACUACUCUUCUCGAAGUUCUAUUAGAGAAACCGGUAGAGGAUAUGGUUCCUUCAUCACUUCCACAAAUUAUAUGGGAAAAAUGUGAUGAAUUCGUAGUUAACUUUGCUGAAAGUAAUAUAAGUGUUUUACCACAAAAACUUUCACAUAAUGGGGAAUGGAAAGAAUCAGAUGAGGAGCUUGCAGACGUCACAUCAAGAAUUUUGGUUCCUGCUAUUCGGGCCACAUUAAAAGGUCUUCCUUUAGGAAGGUCGUCUUAUGUCAGCAGUGCUGAACGACAAAGUUCGGCUAGUGCGGAUAGGAAAGGUGAAGGGCGGACAGGAAGACGGCCAGACAUCAUGUUUGUAAUGAAGCAUGAUGGAAAAAAAUACGAGCUCAUAUAUGUUGAAAGUUCACGCUUAUCUUGCAUACCGCAGAAGGAAAAAGAUGAUGAAAUAAAGUUAUGGCGCGAAACCAAUGAUGGGAUGUAUUGGGUGCAUAAAUCGUCUGGACUGGAUAAAGGUGAAUUUAGAAUUAUUGGAAUACAAGUUGCCGGAUGA